CCGGCUUCCUCCUGCGUGCAGCGCGAAGAGGCUGCGCGCCGGUUUGACACCCGCUCUCCAAAGAAGCCAUGCGUUUCCUGUUUCUCGUCUACAGUGUUGUGCUGGUACCAGUUUGCUUGCAGCAAGAAAUAUCUUCCACUGACAUUCAACAGCCGACGUUCUCCCAAGAGGCACCCGUGGCCUCCGUAAACUACUGGGCUUCUCUGAACCGCAAGAAGCGCAAGAUCUACAGCUUCAAAGUAGGCAGCAGCUUAGGAUUCAAGCAAACUGCGGUAAAUGCUAUCUUUGGGAGUGGCAGGGGCACGCGGCCACCACCACCGGCCGCCACCACGACAGAAGUGCCGCAGUUCGACCGUAUACGUGUGAAGCUGGAUGUCCCUGGGGACCUCAUCCUGAUUGGCUACCGCAUCACUAGCAGUAUCAGUAAGAUUAUCGGUAGCGUCUUCCUGAACACAGCGGAACGCAAACAGCAACUGGUGGAGGCGGCGAAGCCGUUCAUCGCGGCGAAGCUGGGUCUGGACAUCAGCGCCUCCUCCUUCACCACGACUGAGCCCAUCGAGUCGCUGGUGCCGCGCGUUGGACUUCCGCUGGGCGGAGAGUCCGCAGGCACUUCUGCAACGUCGACAGAAGACAGCUCUGUUAACAGGACAGAUCGCUCCCGGCUAAGGGCAUUGUAA